AUGUCUAAGAUCGCAGUAUUUGGUUUAAACGGUGCCUUGGGUGGCCCAACUUUGGAAGCGUUAACUAGUGCUCCAUUUGCUGGAAAAGUUGCUUUUCCAAUUAAGGCAAUCACUAGAACCCCACAAGAAUCAACUGAUAAAGUCCAAUACAUUAAAGGUGAUUUAACAUCUGACGAAGGUGUGAGUGCACUUAUUGAGCAGUUAAAGGAUGUUGAUGUUAUCAUUGAAUUAUUAAAUGGCAAUCCAACUUUAGAUUCUGCAAUGGAAAAGAUUGUUGGCACUGUCAAGCCAAAGUUGUUUAUCCCCUCACAAUUUGGUACUGAUUUGAAAGCCACAGAAAAGGUAUUCCCUGGAUUCCUUUCAUCAAAGGGAAUUCAUUCUGCUAAUGCUAGAAAAUCCGGUGUUAAGACUGUUGAUGUUAUUACUUCACUUUUCUUUACUAAGGGGUCUUUCUUGGACACACUUGUUCAACAUGCUGGAAUUGAUCCUGAAGAAAAGACAGUUACCUACUAUGGCCCGGAAAAUACACAAUUCUCUUUCUCUAAUACGGAUGAUAUUGGCAAGGCAAUUGCAGCCAUUGCCACGUUUGAAAACAAAGAUGUAUUACCUGAUGUUUUACAUAUUCAUUCUGGUAAGAUCACAUACAAGGAUGUUGUGAAGAGAUGGGAAGCUAUCAAUGGGGUCACAUUGAAGUCAAAGUCAUACACAUGGGAAGAAACCCAAAAGUUGGCAAAGGAUACUUGGGCUACAGGAUUCGACCCUUCUAAGUUCUUGUUGUAUUUGAACUUACUUAUUGGGAUAGGUGAAGGUUUGAAGUUUGAUCAGGUUGAUAAUGAAUUGAUUAAUCCUAGUGAAUCACUCUUUAAAUGGAGUGCAUUCAACUAG